ACCACAUGGUAUCCUGAUUCACAAUCUACCAACAGUGAAGAGCACGAGACGACAUCCACUACAUUCGAACCAGAAGCGGCAUCUACGGACCAUCAUCAACACGAAUCGUCUACCACAUGGCAUACUGAUUCACAAUCUACCAACAGUGAAGAGCACGAGACGACAUCCACCACAUUCGAACCGGAAACGGCAUCCACGGACCAUCAUCAACACGAAUCGUCUACCACAUGGCAUCCUGAUUCACAAUCUACCAACAGUGAAGAAUACGAGGCGUCCCCAACCGCAUUCGAACCGGAAACGUCAUCCACGGACUAUCAGCAAUACGAAUCGUCUACCACAUGGCAUCCUGAAUCACAAUCUACCUACACCGUAAAUCACGAAACUAGAUCUUCCUCAUUCCACCCAGAAAUGGAAUCGACGGACGUUCACCCACAGGACUCAUCUACCUCUUCCUAUCGUGAAGCACAAUCUACCCACGGUGUGGAGUACGUCACGACAACCACCUUUUUGGAGGCAGAAGCAGGAUCGACAAACGAUUAUCCGCACGAAUCAAAUAAGGUUUCCCAGGAUGCGAACCUAUACACCACCGAAUUUUCGGUUAACGCCACUGAUGAUAUCACGGGAUUGGAAAAUGAAACAACGGAAUAG